AUGCCGAUCGAUCGCGGCGCGGGCGGCACCGCACGGCACGGCCCCUGCGCGGCCCCGCACGGCAGCGGCACCCCGGGGUCCCCGCUCCGCGCCGCCCCGCAGCCCCCCGGGGAUGCGCAGCCCCCCGAGAGCGGGGCCGGGCAGGGGGUGAGGCGGGAGCCCGUCCCCGGGGUGCUCUGCCCGCACCGGCGGGACCCGCCUGGGGGCCGCGCGGGACUCCGGGAGUUUUCCCGGGUGGUGCCGCCCGGUGCCCGCGUCCUUGCGAGCCGGUGGGACGGGGACGGGCGGCGUCAGCCCGACGUAACGAGACGAAGGCAGCAGAGAGGAAGCGAGCGCCCGGGGAGCCGCCGCUGGGGGAGCUUCGGGGCUCUGCCCUGGCCCUGCUUGCUCUCAUUAGGCAGGGGGGAGGAAGAGCAGGCAGGCGCUGGCAGGCGAGCCGUGGCUCGGGGGAAGCGUGGCCACACGGAUGCCUGGAGCCGCCCGGAGGGUGCCCAGCCACGGGGCAACCAGGAUACCCCAGGAGCCAGGCCAGCAGGGAGCUCCAGUCUGGAUGUGGCCCCAGCUCUAUACCAGCUCCAGCUCCAGCUCCAGCUGCAGCACCCACAACCAGCAGGGAGGGACUUUCAUCUCCCCGUGUCAAGCUGUGCGGCCAGGAAGACCAAAGGCAGAGGAUGUGAGCAGUGGUCAUCCCUGAAGGGCCGGGGCGCAGAGCAGCAUCUUCUGGUUUCAAUUAAAAACCAUCCGCUGGCAAAGUUUGAUGGCGUGAGCGGUGCCUGGGCCAGGACAAGAGCAGCAGGGAGCGUCGCCAGGGCAGCGACCGGCACCGGGGCCGGGGCUGCCCACGGCACUGACAGGGCUCCUGGCCGCGCCCGAGCUCCGCCCCACGCCCGGGCUCCGUCCUCGCCUCUCUUCCCCUGCUCCUCCUGCCUCCUCCCCUCUCCCCAGGGACCCCAGCGCCGCGCUCUGCCAUCUCUUGCUCACCCCAUCGAUGGCCAUGACCCCUUAGAGCCUUUCCCAUGCUCAGCCUCACUGAGGUUCCCCAUGGCUGCCCAGUUUGGGAGGGAGUGGGGCAGAGGGCUGGGGGUCCCCCAGAGCAGAUUAUCCCAGGGGAUAACAUCCCAUCCAUUCCCGGGCCCUGCCAUAGACCCCGGACAUUUGCCACGGGGACCGUCCCCUCUCUGUGAGCCCCGUCUCUCUGCCACGGGGCUCACCCCGUCACUGCGACCCCCCAGCCCAGUUCCAGGGGCUCACCCUCUGCACCACCCUCCCUCCUCUUCCAUGGCACUCACCCUCUCCCAUGACUCCAUCCUCAUCCCAUCCCCAGCCCUCCUCUGCAGGGUCACCCCUCUGCUGUGACCCCAUCCCCGCGCUGAGGGGCUCCCCAGCCCCCCGAGCCGCGCUGCCUCCCCCCGGCAGCGAUCCUCUCGGCACAUCAAACCCGCCCAGCCCGAGCCCGGCGCGGCCGCUAAUCAGCUGGAUUAUCUGCGCCCCCAUUCUUCACCGCUCGCCGCUGUCGGUGCUGCCCCGCCCGGGCGCGGGGGCUCAUCCCACCGCCCUCCUCCUCCUCCUCCUCCUCCCCGGCAGCCACCUCCAUCCUUCCUUCCCACCCUGCGGCCCCGCCGCCCCCCCGGCCGGAGCGCGGCCAGCUGGCUUUGCCUGCAUUUCGGCUUCAACCUCCCCCAAGGAUUCCUAAAUCUGAUAAGGGAGGGGGGUGCUGCUUUCAAAGGAGCGGGGUUGACCUUUGCCGCUGCAACGAGAGCCGCAUGGAGGAAAAAAAUUGGCUGCGGCGAGCGGGGGGGAGCGAGCGAGCGAGCUGCUGUGGUUUUACAAUCCCUAAAUAACGCCGGGAGCUGAGCUGUAAACACAUGGCGGUAUUGCCUGAGCGUGUCCGCACCCCCUCGAUGGAAACCCAGCCUGGAAAAUACUCCGACCUUAAAGGAGGGGGAAAAAAAAGGCAAAGAAAACAGCUUUGUCGGAAAAAAAAAAAAAAGAAAAAGAAAAAAGAAAAAAAGAGAGAGAGAGAGAAAAAAAGGAAGAAAUCUCCUGAAUUAUUUAGCGAACGGUUCCAAUCCGACGGCUAAUUCUGCCGGCAGACGCCGGCGGCCGGAGCCUGGGUUGGCAGAUGAUGGCUAUCGGCGGGCGCUGGCGGCGGGAGCGGGGUGGUCCCAGCCCGGGGGGGCCAGCGGCGCCGCAGGGGUGCAGGGCAGAGCAGGGAGCCCCGGCGGGUGUCACCCUGCCUGCUGGUGUCCCUCAUUCCCUGGUGACGGGGCACUGAGCACCCCAGCAGCAGAAGGGAGGUGCUCCCACACAGCCCCUCGCCCCCGCGCAUCCCACGGAGACACGCAGAGAGGAAACUGCAUCGCCUGGAAUGGGCCCCGGCCCCAGCGCCCCCUCCUCCGGCACCCCCAGCCCAUGGGCACCCCAAAAGCUCCCCUGUGCCCGGCCAGCUCCCCGCAGCGCCCCAGCAGCCGGGGAGAGCUGCCACCCCGUCCCUUCUCACCUGCUUCUUCCCAUUUUUUUUUUUCCCUCGGAAGCAACUAACACUUUUCUUUGAAGAGCAACAGAUGAGCGAGACCCUCCCAGCGCCUUUUAUGAUGUUAAAUUUAUUGCCUGGCUCCACAAUUGCCAUUUUAAUGACGAACGCUCCCACGGCUUUAACGCGGCUGAGUGCUGGCAUUGAAAACAGAAGCCGGGGGGGACACGCUGUCUCCGGUCUCCUGGAGGAGAACGGAUUCCAGCCCUUUUCCUGAUCCUUGCACAAAGUUUUGCCAAAUAGAUAAUGUGUUUUAUAAUUUCCAGACGGUGCUGUGCUGGUAAGGGAGGCCCUCUGCUGGCACCGGGCUGAUGGGGAGAGCCCCGGAAAGCAGCUGGGAGCCACCAGCGAGGCAUCGAGCCUGGGAGACACCUCUGGCAAGGUGUGCCUGGAGACCCGAGCCUGGGGAUCCAUGUCGAGCAAGCCAGGCCCAAGGAACCUCCGUUCUGGAGGUGCUGGAGAGCUCACAGAGGUGAGCACAGGGAACUGAGCCCCGGAAAGGAGCCUUGGGAAAUCAAGCUGGGGAAACCAAGCUCAGCAAGUGGAACCAAAAAGGUCGAGGCAGGCAGCCCCGGGGGACGACGCAUUCGCCGCGUCCUUCCUGUAGCGAGGAUCACAUGUCAGAGCAACGAAGCCUUGAGAAAAUUAAACCCGUGAGCUCACCGCCUUCCUGAGCGCAGGCGCCAGCCCUCCCCGAGGCCCCCGAGCCUGGAUUGCCAGCUGGGGUGACCUGGCAGCAGUGCCAGUGCCAGGAGGAUGCCGCCUCCCCGGGGCACAGCAGCAGUCCCCCCGGCGUGCCUGCAGCUGGGCUGCGCGGUGAAGGAGCUUUGAACCCUGUGGUGCAUCGCUGGCCGAUGGGGAAGGACCUUCCCAGGGGAAGAAGCUGUCAGCCUCGGCAGAACACAGCUGCAAAAGUCUCCUGAAGGCCUUCAGCCAGAUUUCCUCUGGGGAUCCAAGUUCCUGCUUGGGCAAAGGGACGGACAGAUGGGUUCAGCUCUGGUGGGGCUGGCCUGUCUUGCCGUGGCCAGGGCCGGGCCCACGCUGGGAGGUGGCCAGGCAUGGGGCUGGGUUUUCUCCAGGACAAGUCCUGUUGCCUCAGUGCUCUGUGGCACAGUGGAUGGAGAGAAUCAAAGAGAAAGGCAACACAGUCCUCAGGAGAGCCUCUGUGUGCAUGGGGGGUCACCUGGAGACCCCCAAGAGCCCCGCACAGGGACCCCAAGCUGCCCACGCCUCAGUCAGCUGGCACCAGCACUGGAGAAGGGACAUCAUGAGUAACACUGCCUGGGAGGGACAAGAGGAGCCAAGACUAUGAGUCUGGGACCUGGGGACAGUGAGGGAUUGCCCAAGAUGGCAACAGGAGCAAGGGGAGGAUGAAGGAGAGGUCCGAGGGAAGACCUAGAGACAAUUGUCCAUGGGGCUGUUAAAGCCCCAGGGCUGAGCCUGACCUCUUCCCAGGGCACCCUGUGCUCUCAGCAGCUCUGCUGACAUUCUUCAGCUCAGACGGGGAGCAUAAAUGCAGCUCAGCUCCCAUUUCCCCCUCCAGGUACUUUCUCCUUCAUCACCCUCUUCCUCCUCCAAGCAGCCCAGCUCUGCACCUUGGCUCUGCCCCUUCCCAGCCAGCCAGGAGGCACCGGGGCUGGCUUUUCAUGUUCCCACUGGGCAUCCCCCACAAGGAGCAGGGUUUCAGUGGAUCCGUGGCACAGCCCUCGGGGGUCUCCAGUCUCACUGGUGGCACAGGCAGGCAGUGCACACACACACACACACACACAAACCCUCUCUCCCUGCCACCACAGCGGCCCAGGCUCAGCAGCCGCCUCCGAGCCCUCCCCAGGACCACCAGGGACACAGGCAGCCGCAGCCCUUGGCACAGCCCGGCCCGGGCAGGGCUGCAGCCCCGAGCAGGCGGCGGAGGGACGGCAGCAGGCAGGCAGGAGCCGUGUGGGGAUGCUCCAGCAGCUGCCGCCAGCACGGCUGGCGGAUGCCCUUUGGCCAGGAGCAGCCAGGGUUUUUUUCCAACCCUUCCCAGAAAAAAAAAAACAACCCAAGCCCCAUAACAAGCUGUAACGAAGCAGCGAGGAGGCGGCAGAUAAGAGGCUGGAGCCGCGCGGAGGCCUCACGGAGAUGAAAGGCGAUUGCGAACGAGCCUCCCCAUCCCCUGCGGACAAAGGAGCUCCUAAAAUAUUAACGAGGCCCCGUGCCGCCAGGUCCCCCGGCCCCCAGCGCCGGCAGGAGCAGGCGGUACCCGCUGCCGGCCGCGGGCUCCUGGGGGAUGGAGGCACCGCGGGGAGAGCGCAGGAUGCUCAUUAAUUACCUCCCGCGCUCCUGCUGGCAAACGUGCCCCCCGCUUCCCUCGCCACCCCAGGGAGCCACCGCCACCUUCCCACCGGAUCGGCGCUUAAAGAGCCCGGAGCGGCGGCUGUGUGGGCACGGUGUCCCUCGCUGCCACCUCGGCGCCCGCGGGUGCAGCCCCAGCCCCCCAGCACCGCCCAGGUGAAUUUGGGGAGAAGCUGGGGCAGCUCACGGGGGCAUUCGCACACCAGCAGGAGGGUGGGGAACGGGGAGCAGGGCAGAGCGCUCGCUCCUGCCUGGUUUGUGUCUGCGGGUGGCUCACCGGGCCGCGGGCUGGGCACGGGUCCCUGGGGUGGCUCCUGUGGGAGCAGCCCGGCCCGCAGGGGAUGCGCGGGCUGUGCCCGGGACGCGGGCGCUGCUCCCGCCGCAUUCCCGCGCCAUCGGUGUCCCAUGCCCGAGGGGCUCCGUCCCCACCGCUGCCAUCCUCGGAGCCCCCCUGUGACAGCACAGCCAGCCCGUGUGCCGCAGCCCCGGGCCUGGUUUCGGAUCUCGGCGAGGACGGGGGUACCGUGACAGCGGCAGCCACCGAGCACCCUGGGGACGGGAACCUCGUGGAACGAGCGUCGAUCCCCCAGAGCUGCCCCGUUCCCUCCCCACGCCGCGGCCCAGCUCGGCAGAGCACAGGGCUGGUGGCGAGGGAGGCAAGAGAAGCGGGGGAAUGUUUGAGCUCCUCCGAAUGCGGCGCCGGCGGGAGCAGCGGGAUAACAACAGCUCCGGCUGCGGCUCCGGGAGCGGGCCCGCACGCAGCCCUCAGAGCGGGGCGUUUGCAGAGCACACAUGGCAGCCCAGCAGUUUCAAAGCAGCCCCCGUGCCGCGGCAGCUGAAGGGCUCGGUGGCCCCCGCAGCUGCCGGAGGGAAGCUGAGCUGCCCCGGCCUC